CAUCCUUUACUAAUUUCUAUUCAGUUAGCUAGCCAGCUAGGUAGGAGACAUUUAGCUAGCUAGAAUUUAGAGAUGACGACUCCUCCUCCUCCUCCUUCUUUCUGGAUUUUCUUCUUGUGUUCUCUGAUUUUUCUCCUUGAUAAUGCCAAUGGCAACCCGAAUUACAGAGAAGCCUUGGCCAAAUCGAUUUUGUUCUUCCAAGGUCAGAGAUCCGGAAGGCUUCCUUCGAACCAGGAAGUCAAAUGGAGGUCCAGCUCUGGCCUCUCUGAUGGCUUCCUUGCUCAUGUGGAUUUAACCGGAGGUUACUACGAUGCCGGAGACAACGUGAAGUUCAAUUUCCCAAUGGCUUUCACCACGACAAUGCUAUCAUGGAGCACGCUUGAGUACGGCAAGAGAAUGGGCCCUCAAUUGAGCGACGCUAGGGCUGCGAUCCGCUGGGCCACGGACUAUCUCUUAAAAUGCGCCACGGCCACGCCCGGUAAGCUCUACGUCGGUGUAGGUGACCCCAACGCGGACCACAAGUGUUGGGAAAGGCCCGAAGACAUGGACACCAUUCGAACCGUUUACUCCGUGUCUCCGAGCAACCCCGGCUCAGAUGUCGCUGGCGAGACAGCCGCUGCAUUGGCCGCUGCGUCGUUAGUUUUUCGGAGAAUCGAUCCAAAAUACUCUAGGCUGCUAGUGGGAACAGCAAAGAAGGUCUUUCAAUUCGCAAUGCAGUAUCGUGGUGCCUAUAGUGACUCGCUUGGCUCUGCUGCGUGUCCGUUUUAUUGCUCGUAUUCGGGUUAUAAGGAUGAAUUGCUGUGGGGAGCGGCAUGGCUGCUGAGGGCAACAAAUGAAGCAUUUUAUUUCAAUUUCAUAAAUUCAUUAGGCGGCGGAGACCAACCAGACAUCUUCAGCUGGGAUAACAAAUAUGCCGGUGCUCAUGUUCUCCUAGCCAGGCGAUAUUUGCUAAACAAGGACGAAAGGUUUGAGUCUUUCAAUCAAAUGGCACAGAACUUCAUGUGCAAGACAUUACCCUACUCCCCCUCUUCAAGUACACAAUACACUCAAGGAGGGCUGAUGUACAAGCUUCCUGACAACAACUUACAAUAUGUUACCUCUAUAACAUUUCUACUUACCACUUAUGGUAAGUACAUGAAAGCUACUAAACACACAUUCAACUGUGACAAUGUCGUGAUCAUUCCCAACUCUUUGAUCAAUGUAGCUAAAAAGCAGGUUGAUUAUAUACUUGGAGCUAAUCCAAUUAAAAUAUCUUAUAUGGUGGGAUUUGGACCAAACUUUCCGAAAAGAAUUCACCACAGAGGAUCUUCUUUGCCUUCACUAGCAAGACAUCCUCAAUCUAUAGGUUGUGAUAGUGGUUUUCAACAAUUUUACUAUACUCAAAACCCUAAUCCUAAUAUUUUAGUAGGGGCUAUAGUUGGAGGUCCUAACCAAAAUGAUGGAUUUCCUGAUGAUCGAACUGAUUACAGUCAUUCAGAACCAACAACUUAUAUUAAUGCCGCUGCUGUUGGACCUUUGGCAUACUUUGCUGGCAGCUAUUCUAGUUGAUUAUAUUGUUAUCUUCAACUAAAGUAGCUAGUUAGUUCUUAUACAUGUAUAACAUAUUUAUGUAAAUAUUCUUCUAUUAUAUAAAUCUUA